GUUUCUACCAGUUUAUAAUUUUUUUGUAAAAACUCGUGGCAAAGCUGUCGCUUGGCUCCAUUUAUUCUUCGAUAUUUAUCUUUUUUAUCAUAUCGCAUUAUCCAUCAGCAAGCAUCCUGAGCGGCAUCAACCUCCCAGCCAUUCUCUAAUUCAUCUCUCACACACAUCUCCUGUCCCCUAAGCCAUGACGGGGAUUAUUCACAAGCUUUGGCGCGAAGACUCCGCCGAAACCGAUACAAACAACGGCAGCUGGGACGGCGCUGAGAAGGAUGGACAGGGCAUCGGCGCACCUCCGUCAACUGGGCCGAGGAAAAACAUCGGCAUCUUCUCUGCCACCGCGAUGGCUUCGAUUCUGCGCCUGGUAGGCACGCCUAGCAUGGCCCUCAUUCUGUGGGGUCUCGGUGGCAUCAUCUCAUAUGGUGGCGCAACCGCUUUCAUUGAACUUGGGCUAAUGUACCGUAAGAACGGUGGCACUAUGCGGUUCCUUGGCGCAUGCUACUGGCUAUAUGCUGCUGGCGAGGAUCACAACACUGGCUGGAACGCGCGCGGUGUCGGCUGGGGAUGCAUCACCUUCGUAGUCAAGAUCAUUGUUCUUCUCAUCAUCGUCAUCACUGGUAUCGUCGCUGCUGCUGGAGGCAUCGAUAUCGAAAAGAACGACAACUGGUCCCGCGGGUUCCGUGGAACGAAUAAUGAUGCCCACGGGUAUGCAUCAGCCUUGACCAAGGUGUUCUGGGCCUACGACGGGUUCUCUAAUCUGGUGUAUUCGCUCGGCGAGCUGCGCAAGCCCGAGCGCAACCUGCCGUGGUCCAUUGGUGGCGCUGUUGGAGUCGUCUCGUUCCUGUAUAUCAUGGCUAACGUAGCCUUCUUCUUUGUUGUCCCCAUCGAUGUCGCUAUUCACUCGGACGAGAUUCUUGCUGCCGAGUUCUCGUACCGUGUAUUUGGUAGCACAUUCGGAAAGACUGUCUUGCCGGUCUUCAUUGGGCUGUCAGUGCUCGGUGCCAUCUGCGCACAGACAUACGGCGUGUUCGGGUUCAUUCCAUAUGGCCGCAAGAUCUGCGGCAACAACAAGCGCACAGGCACUCCGAUCGCAUCGCUGGUUAUCAUGUAUGUGCUGACGAUGAUCUACCUUCUGGCUCCGCCACCUGGCAAGGUGUUUGACCUUCUGGUCGACUUUGUCCAGUGGAGCACAUGGCUGUUCUACGGCCUUACUGCUGUGGGUGCGAUCAUCCUGCGGUUCAGGAUACCGCACCAUCCUCUGCGCACAUUCAAGUCGUUCCAUCCGCUCAACGGUCUGUUCAUUCUGUUCUGUGCCUUCAUCACGGUCAUGCCGUUUGUGCCGCCUGAAGGUGGAGACAGCGGAGACCCGUACCCGUACUAUCUGUCACCGCUACUGGGUGCUCUCACCACACUGGCUGGAGUUGUCCCUUGGUACUUUAGGAUGUUCUGGUGGGCUGACAAGACCGAGCAGGAUUACACGCAGUGGGUCAACGACGAAGAGGAAGCGGAGAAGCCGGUGCCAGGCGCGGAGCAGAUAACCCAUGUAUGAGCAAUAGAUAUUGAAU